AUCCGUAGAAUCUUUUCGCAACUCUGAGCAUAUCUUGCUGUUAUCUGAAGCCGUGGUUGUAAUCUAUCUCAACACAACCUCCGACGGUGACGUUGCUUUUGAGCCCCAACCAGGGGCGCAGAACGGCACACCCUUUUAUACACCUUUCUCUUCCAGCCUUUCUCAUUUUUUUCAGCAACUUCGAAAAUGACUCUAGCCAGAAGCUAAGCGCGGUUACCGCAUUAGGCAUCCACGACAGGAAAGCGUGUUGCAACCCUCUUUCUGGCGUCCCGUCUCUCGCAUGUUUUGGCGACUUUCCCACAAGAGGAGGAGAAAAGACCAGGCUUUGAAAGUAAAUGCUGAGGAGUUAGUCGCUGGCUGGGAGAGAAAGCUGUCAGUUGAGACAGAGAAACAGCGAAACCUCCGAAGAGAAUUUACCCCGCGUGUUGAUUAUGCUGACGGGAAGAAGAAGCCGGUCCAAGAGCAAGAGUGAUUCUGGAAAAGAGGAGGGAAGUUCUGAUGCUGAAACCAGGGGAGGAUUUGUGGAGCCUGUGUUGGCCGAGUGCAACAUAGUCACGGGGCAAAAAAUGGAGGACCCUCCAUCUGUGAAGGUGAAGAAGGAGCUGGGUGCGUUCAAACGAGGAACGAAACACGUUGCAGAGACCCCUGCAGUGGCCGAACGUAUGGUCCAGUACAGGAACAGUCUAAAAUCAUCCAAAGAGAUUGAAAAAUCCACCAACUUGAGUGAAAUUCGAACGAGUUUGAAAAGGGAGCACGACGAAAACACCGACGAGCCCUACGACACGAGAAAAAUCCGCAAGAACUCGGCUAAGACGGAGAAGAAGUUGGGAAGGAAGGGCGACGUCAACACUACCAAGACGAAAUCCUUCCUUUCGGCACCCAAGGACGUGAGAAUGGGGAAGGAACAUGGCAUUGACGCAGAGUCAGAGGCUACGCCGCCAGUGCAGCCGGAUUCUCCGGCUCUGAAUAACGAUUACUGCUCCUGCUGCGGGAUGACGGGGAUGUUUUUAUGCUGCGAAUCAUGUCCCAAGUCAUACCACUUCCAGUGUAUUAAUCCACCGGUCGACUCCAACAACCUACCCGACUCCUGGUUCUGUCGAGAGUGCACAAAGAAGAAGGUUCUCGAAGAAGAGGGUAGAAACGGUGGCAGCAAGUCGAUAAUGCUCAACGUGGGUGUUUACUCCAAAUUGUUUGACAACAUAGUGUUCCAGGAUCCAAUCUCUUUCCAGUUACCGAAAGAGAUCAUUGAGUCUUUUCAGGGCAUAUCGAUAGACCGAUUAUGUGACUACAACGACGAAUCGUUCAAACCGACGAAAACGUACAAGCAGCUGGUGAAAGAGUUUGAUGACCCUCUCCACGGAAUAUACGACAAAAAUAACAACCCGCUGUUUUGCUACUACUGUGGUGAAAGUGGUGUCAAGAAGGAGUUAAUAAAUUGUGACUACUGCCCAUUGACAUGGCAUCUAGAUUGCUUGGAUCCGCCUAUCACGAGCGUGAAGAAGCUAGGCUCCAAGUGGAAGUGCCCGAACCACGUGGAUGACCUAGAAAAGCCUAUCAGGAGGUUUAAGGAUCAACAGAUCGUCCAAGUAUCUAACAUCAAGAGCUUCGAAAACUCCGGAAAACUACCGGUGAACUCGAAUAUAGAAAUAAUAAAUAUUGAAGAUAAACUCCAAGCAUUAAAGGACCAGAUGAAACUCUUGCAUGACAAUAACAACUCCAGUCUGAAGUUCAGUAACUUGACUUUUCAAAUCAACGAAGAAGACAUUAUACUCAAUUUCAUAAAUGCAAACAAAAUACGGAAACUCAACGAGAACGAUGAGAAUUUCCAAACCUUAAUGAACUUGCAGCCCAAUUUGAAAGACUACGUUCUAAGUUUGAGUCAGUUGAGUAAGAAAUCUCUACUUGAUAACGAGUUCAGGUUGCUAAACUUGCAACAUCUUUUGAAAGUCUCAGAUGAAGAGCUUAAGGUGGAAAAGAAAGAUUUCACGGAUGAAGAAAUCAAGGAGUUCCAGAUUAUCAAGCGGUUGAUUCAACAGAAGGGCAAAGAGAAAUUAAUGAAGUUUUUGAACUUUUCUUCGUGAUUCUUGACCUGUAUAACAUUUUAUA